AAUUUGUAACUUGCAAGCCUCCAACCAAGACUCUUUUUUGUCAGCUUCAUUUUCAUUCCUGACUUUUGUCAACUCCCACUCAUAACUAAUCAAAACCCAAUGCAAGGAAUUAUCAUGUUUUCCGUCUUCACUUGCACAUCAUCUUCCCAUAAGUGACCCUGCUGAAUUUGUGCAUUGCAAGAUGUUCUCAUCCCCUGGGUACUUCAAGAGACCAAAGCAUGGUUCAUAAAGGUGACUUAGUUGUCAUUGGCAUCUCUGUUGGCUUGGCCCUUGGUAUCUUGAUAGCUUCUUUGGUAUUUUUCGGGCUAAGGUGGUACAGAAAGUAUGUAAAACUGAGACGUACAAAUGAACUUAGCGUUACCGUUCUUCCAAUAAGAACAAAUGGCUUUGGUACAAGCACCGACUUCAGUGCAUCUCUCUCGAAUUCUGUAGCUGUCGAGGUACCAGAAUAUCAUCAGAGAAGUUCUCCAAAAUCUUGGUGGAGUCCUCAUAGUAAUGAUCGGGUUGCUUCUGCAUCUGGCUUGCCUAAGUAUUCCUAUAAGGAUGUACAGAAAGCUACACAAAAUUUUACAACUAUUUUAGGAGAAGGAUCAUUUGGGCCAGUCUAUAAAGCGACGAUGCCUACUGGUGGCGUAGCUGCUGUAAAGGUGCUUGCUUCGGAUUCUCACCAGGGUGAGAAAGAGUUCCACACGGAGGUUUGUCUACUAGGAAGGCUGCAUCAUCGGAAUCUUGUGAACUUGGUAGGAUAUUGUGUGGAUAAAGGGAAAUACAUGUUAAUUUAUGAGUUCAUGAGCAAUGGAAGCUUGGCAUCUUUACUGUAUGGUGAAGGGGAACGUGGACUGAAUUGGGAUGAAAGACUUCAAAUUGCCCUUGAUAUUUCACACGGCAUAGAAUAUCUUCAUGAAGGGGCAGUCCCUUCAGUAAUACAUCGUGACUUGAAGUCCGCCAAUAUAUUGUUGGAUGAAUCAAUGAGAGCCAAGGUUGCUGAUUUUGGGCUGUCAAAGGAAGAGGUUUUUGAUGGCCGAAACUCUGGCAUCAAAGGUACAUAUGGCUACAUAGAUCCGGAGUAUAUAUCCACAAACAAGUUUACAAUGAAGAGCGAUGUAUACAGUUUUGGCGUUAUCAUCUUCGAGCUAAUCACAGCCAUCCAUCCGCACCAAAAUUUAAUGGAAUACGUUAAUCUUGCUGCUAUGAGUCCAGAUGGUGUCGAUGAAAUCCUCGAUAAGCAACUGGCUGGAGAAUACAACAUCGAAGAAGUGAGGCAGCUAGCGAAAAUUGCUCAUAAAUGCUUGCACAAAUCACCGAGGAAGCGGCCUUCGAUAGGUGAAGUAACACAAGCUAUCCUAAAGAUAAAGCAGAGGCGCCUGGGUAAAGAAGAUACAAUGUCCAUGACUGAGACGAGUUUUUCGCGAAUUAUGAGCCGGAUACAGGAGCAGCAUGUAGAUCUGACCAAAUUGGCCAACGUGAAGGAGGUUAAUUGAACAACUGCAACUUCCCUUCCACUGUUUGGUUCACUUCUUUUUCUCCAAAAUCAACAUUCUGGCAACUGAUGCGGGAGAGAUAUACAUAGAUAUAUGGUGUUUAAAGAAUUUCUAACCUUUCCUAUGUUGGGUUUUGAAUUGUUUUGCAUUAAUAUACAAUCAUCAUUGGAUGAAUGAAAAUAGAUGAUUGGAAUUA